AUGCGCCUCGCUGUAUUAGCUCUCGCCGUCCUUGCUGCCCCGGCACUCGCCCAGGAUGCUCAACACGUGUGGCAGGCUCCCGGAAGCAAUGAUCGUCGAUCUCCGUGCCCCCUCUUGAACAGUCUCGCCAACCACGGCUACCUACCACGAAACGGCCAAAACAUCUCCGUCGACGCCCUGAUCGAUGGCAUGCACGCCGGCCUCAACCUGCGCGAGGACGCCAAGCUCUUCUUCCGCCUGCAGGGCAACAAGGCCGUCGGGGCCUCGUCGACGGGGGACAAGACGACCUUCCACCUCAGCGACCUCAACAAGCACGACCUCAUCGAGCACGACGCCUCCCUCAGCCGGGCGGACAUCUACUUUGGCGACAACUGGUCCUUCAACCAGACCAUCUUCGACGAGACGAAGUCGUACUGGCCCUCGGCCACCAUCUCCAUCAGCGACGCCGCCAAGGCGCUCGCCGCGCGGCAGAAGAGCGCCGAGGCGAUCAACCCGGAGUUCAACCUGCCUCUCGACGGGCACACCAACUCGCUGGGCCAGACGGCCAUGUACCUCGGCCUGUUUGGGGACUACGACGACGGCAACGCGAACCGGGCCUGGGUCGAGUACUUCUUUGAGAACGAACGACUACCGUUUGAGCUCGGCUGGCAGAGGCGGUCGGACAACGACAAGAUCCCGGCCACGGGGAUCCUGGCCUUGACGACCAAGGUGGCCGUUCACUACCUCGCGGUCAAGAUUGGACUCUGA